UGUGAAGAGAAUCCCCUAAAGCAUUUACUCUUUGUCUAGUGCUGUGUGUCAGGCUCUCUCUUUUUGCCUCUUGUCUUCAGCAAGGUUCCUGCCUGAGCUGUUGCGCUGACAAAUAGAGGGUACAGUCACACACCAACAGGAGUCCCCUAAGACUGCUGGAGGAAGACCAUAGUGGACCUGUCAGCUUGGGAAGUCUGUCCACCCUCCUAUAUUUGUGCACUUUGCUUGUAGCCUGAGAAUGCGAGCAGCUGUGCAGCUUCCUUGGAGCUAGAGAAAAGAAAAUCAGAUUCCAAGUCCUCAGAAGCUUUUGCAUCCUGUGUCUUAUUUUGGAAAGAGAGCAGGUGAAUUUUCAGACGGGCCAUAGCAAGGGGUGAUUGUGCAGAAGAGUCUCCAUGUGUAGUGUUGUGGAUCGUAAGCACUGCAGGUGAGAUCCUAUUUACCUAUACAGAAACUUGCCUGCGCGCACACCGCAGAGUCCUGAGCUGGUGUUUAGCUACGAGCGCUUGUAUUCUGUCACACAUGCCUCCGAUGGGACUCUAGCUAUCUGCUAGCCCUCCCCCCCUAAGACGUUGCCCCUCGCCCCUUUCUCUCUUACUUUUCAGUGCCUGCCUGGCUGAUGAAUGGGUAAGCGUAUUUUUGCAAGGACCAACAUUUGAUGAGCCUCGGGAGCCUGAGCUUCCCCCCCCCCCCCCCCCUCCUCCGAAGGCAAAAUUGAGAGGUGGUUGUUAAGCUGCUUGAGAAAACCACCAAAGAACGCAGUGACGAAACUAUGUGCUGGUGUCAAAAGAAGUGGGGGAGACACUGAGGCAGCCGUGCCUGCGUGGUGUGAGAAAGCGAAUGGGGGGAGUGAAAAUUAAGUAGCAGUAUAUUUCAUCAGAAGAAGGAUGGUGUGUAUACUGCUGAGAAAAUGGAGCACAUAGGAGUAUGACAGAAGCAGCAGAAGUAUUUGCAAGGAACUUUUGUGCUAUAAAAAGAAGGGGGGGAUUUUUAAGCUCUUAAUGAGUCCAUGCUUCUUUUUUUUGAGAAAGUUUAAGCCUUAUGCCUGUAUUCUGUGAUGCUUCAGCAGUAGGUGGAAAUGGCACCAGCUCAUCUCUGAGCGAGGUACUGAGGCAUUCUCUAACACCUCUCCCUCUCUAACAUCUUUGAAUGGAUUUGUGCUCUUUCUGCAGCUGGAGCCUAUAUUCGUACCUGCGAUGCAAGAUGUUGUCAGGAGAAUUCUAAGACGUGUUUAAUGCCUAUAAAUGUACAAGGGAGAUCUGUACAGAGCUGUCAUUGUGUAUUCAACCAACUUUGUGGAUGUUUACCUGAGAUAUACCUACCGUUGGAUGUACAGCAUUUCCUUCCACCUGUCUGUCUGGAAUGGGAUUCGUGAAUUUCACAAAGUUUAGCGUGUUUGAGACCCACAUAUGUUUGGCACUUGGGGAUUGGCAGGAACAAAAGCAUUGUUGGUGACCACACGUGGCCUUACUCACGCUGACCUUAGCCUGCGUCUACCAUGGUGUCCUAACUGGGAAAAUCUUUACUUGUUUUGUCUUUUUUUGGGGGUUUUUAAGCACGCAUAAUGACAACGUGACUGUCAGAAUGAGGAUAUAACACUGGAUUGGGAGGUAGCUUUGUGGAGACUAUAGAUCUACCCCUGAGAGACUUUGCCAUGACUGGCUGUCACUACCCUGCGCCAGCUACUGAGCGGGACCGAAUAUACCAACAUAAAGUCUCUCUGGUUGUUCGCUAUUUCAUGAUCCCAUGCAACAUUUGCUUGAUCCUACUUGCUACUUCAACACUUGGAUUUGCAGUGCUCCUAUUCCUCAAUAACUAUAAACCAGGCAGCCAUUUUCAGAGCCCUCAACCCACGUUACAAGAUGCUGCAGUGGAAAGUCAAGUGUGUCGGGGAAUGCUCUGCGGCUUUGGUGCUGUGUGCGAGAAGAGCAGCAAUGACCCAUCUCAGGCAGCCUGUGUCUGCAAGAAAUCUGCCUGCCCCACCGUGGUGGCGCCCGUUUGUGGAUCUGACUACUCCACCUACAGCAACGAGUGUGAACUUGAAAGAGCCCAGUGCAACCAGCAGCGGAGAAUCAAAGUGAUCAGCAAAGGUCCUUGCGGCCCUCGGGACCCUUGUUCUUCUGUGUCCUGCAGCUAUGGGAGUACCUGUAUGCGCUCAACAGAUGGUCAAUCUGCAAAGUGUGUCUGCCCCACCACCUGUGCCGGUAUGCCAGAGAAUGUGGUUUGUGGCAGUGACGGCAAAGACUAUCGGAACGAGUGUACACUUAACAAGCAGGCCUGUGACAACCAGGAGAACCUCUACAAGAAGUUUGAGGGGUCAUGUGACCCGUGCAAGAGCGCCCUAAAUGACCUGAAUAGGGUGUGCAGAGUGAACCCACGCUCACGUAAAGUGGAGAUGCUUUCCCGGCCAGAGAAUUGCUUAGCCCGCAGAGAACCUCUGUGUGCUGAUGACGGAGUGACCUAUGACAAUGAGUGUAUAAUGACCAGAACUGGUGCCAUCCAAGGAAUAGAACUGAUGAAAGUGCGCUCAGGGCAGUGCCAGGCUCAGGACAAGUGCAAGGAUGAAUGUAAGCACAAUGCUGUGUGCCUUAACCGGCGAGGAGUCACCCACUGCUCUUGUGACCGCAUUACUUGUGACGGCGCUUAUAAGCCUGUCUGCGGCCGAGACAGCCGCACUUACGCUAAUGACUGCGAGAGGCAAAAAGCUGAGUGUCUCCAGAAAACAGCCAUUCCUGUGAAGCACAAGGGUCCAUGCGAUCUUCAUGCUCCCAGUCCUUGCCUGAACGUGGAGUGCAGUUUUGGAGCUGCAUGUGUUGUGAAAAACAAGAAGCCAGUCUGCGAGUGCCAGCAAGUGUGCCAGAGUGUGUAUGAUCCCGUUUGUGGCAGUGACUCGCGCACUUACGGCAAUCCAUGUGAGCUCGAGGCUACAGCUUGUGCGCUCAAGAAGGCGAUCACAAUUAAACACAAGGGACCAUGUGAUCUCUGCAGGAAAUGUCAGUUUGGAGCCAUCUGUGAGGCAGAAACUGGCCGCUGUGUGUGCCCAACGGAAUGUGUCCCCUCUGCCCAGCCUGUGUGCGGGACUGAUGGCAAUACAUAUGGCAGUGAAUGUGAGCUUCAUGUACGAGCCUGCACUCAACAAAUUAACCUUCAGGUGGCAGCGCAGGGAGAUUGCAAGACCUGCGGAAACACCAUCUGUAGCUUUGGUGCCAAAUGUGUAAACAGCCAGUGUGUGUGCCAGCCUUGUGAGCGCCAGCCUUACCUACCGGUGUGUGGCAGUGAUGGAGUCACUUACGACAACCAGUGCGAGCUGCAAGCUGCAUCCUGCAAGCAGAAGAAGAAGAUAGAUGUUUCUCGGGCGGGGUCCUGUGAAGACGAGUGUGGGUCUGGUACUGCCGGCUCAGGGUCUGGUGAGGACAGCGAGUGUGAACAAGACCGGUGCAGGCGUUAUGGAGGCUCCUGGGAUGAAGACACUGAGGAUGAUCGCUGCGUCUGUGACUUCACGUGCCAUGCUGUGCUUCGGAACCUGGUUUGUGGUUCUGACGGCACAACGUAUUCCAAUGAGUGCGAGUUAAAGAAAACUCGGUGUGAAAGGCACCAGGACCUGUAUGUGGCUGGACAAGGUCCCUGCCGAGCUACCUCCACUAGCACUCCUCCCAUGGUCCCACACUGUAGUCACACGGUAUACGGCUGCUGUCCUGACAAUGUCACCGCUGCCCUUGGUGUAGGCCUGGCGGGAUGCCCAAGCAGCUGCCAGUGUAACCUGCACGGCUCCUAUGGGGGAACAUGUGACCCUACCACCGGCCAGUGCUCUUGUAAGCCCGGCGUAGGAGGACUGAAGUGUGACCGGUGUGAGCCUGGUUUUUGGAACUUCCGAGGCAUCGUGACCGACAAGAAGAGCGGCUGUACCCCAUGCAACUGUGAUCCGGUUGGCGCCGUGCGUGAUGACUGCGAGCAGAUGACUGGACUUUGCUCCUGUAAAACGGGCAUCUCUGGCUUGAAAUGCAGUCAGUGCCCGAACGGAAGAAAACCUGGCCUGAAUGGCUGCGAACAGGAUCCAUCAGCCCCUAAAUCUUGCCGUGAUAUCCAGUGCCAGUUCGGAGCAAAUUGUGUGGUGGUUGAUGGAAUUGCCCAUUGCGAGUGUCCUUCCCCCCUCUGUCCAGAAUCUAAUAUGACAAAGGUCUGUGGCUCUGAUGGAGUAACCUAUGGAGAUUGGUGUCAAUUAAAAAUCAUUGCUUGCAGACAAGGUCGGACCAUCGUAGUAAAGCACACUGGACCCUGCCAAGAAACAAUUACCAUUGCUAAUCUUCAGACACUGGCUCCUACUGGGACCCCACCUCCACCCAUGGGCCGAUCCCUUCCUACACCAGAAACCACAAGGACUCGAGAUCCCAGUAAAAAAACAGACUCUUUCCCCUUGGUAAUGGAAACUGAGCGACCCCGCCAGCGUUAUACCAGCACAGCUAGGCCGGUGACCAAGACACACAGCAUACGCACAUCCACAGUAAGGCCAGGAGUUACAAUGCCUCUGAGGCCCAGUACCACUCUUGCAUAUGAUGAAUCAGGAAGCGGAAGUGGAGAUGAGGAGCUGGAAUCAAGUGGAGAUCAGGAACUAAGUGGAACUGAGCCCGCAAAGGACAAAUUUGAAGGAGGAGAUGAGCAGCAGGAGGAAGGUGAGGAGAGAAAGGACUUUGAGGCUACCCCCGUCAUGGAGAGAGCUAGCUGCUACAACACACCCCUGGGAUGUUGCUCAGAUGGGAAGACGCCAGCUAUUGAUUCUGAUGGCACAAACUGCCCGAAAACUAAAACAUUUGAAGGUGUUCUCAUCAUAGAGGAGCUGGAAGGCCAGGAGGUGUUCUACACCCCAGAGAUGUCUGACUAUAAGUCAGAGCUGUUUGGCGAGACAGCCAGAAGCAUUGAGAACGCGUUGGAUAAUCUUCUCCGAAAUUCAGAUGUGAAGAGGGAUUUUAGAAGCAUCCGUGUCCGAGACCUGGGGCCAAGCAACUCCAUCAGAGCCAUAGUGGAAGCACAUUUCGAUCCAGCUACUAGCCUGACAUCCCUGGAUGUGCAGAAAGCAUUAUUGGCAAGGCUCAAGAGCGCCAAGAAGAAGGCAAUUACUGUAAAGAAGCCCAUUCAGGACAACGUGAAGUUUUUGGACUUCGGUGAGAUCCCUGACUGGGUACCAGCUAUGGUUGCAACCACCACAACAACAGCCGCAACUACCAGCACCAUGGCAACUACCGGCACUGUAACAACCACCAUACCAGUUCUGGCUGCAACUACCAUUGCCACUACACCAUUCCCCAGAAGGUUAUCAACUGUCAGGACCACUCCUGUACCACUUAUACAUCACCCAGUCACCACCGUGAGAACAACUACAAGACGGCCGGGCACUACCACCAAGAGGCCGAUGACCACUGCCCCUGCAGCAAACAGACGGAAACCAUCCAACAAGAAACUCCGACCCUGUGAUUCACAUCCAUGCAUGCACGGCGGGACCUGUGAGGAUGACGGCAAAGAGUUUACCUGCAGCUGCCCAGCUGGGAAGGGAGGAGCUGUAUGCGAGAAAAGUAUUCAGUAUUUUAUCCCCGGAUUUGGAGGGAAGUCUUAUCUGGCAUUUAAGAUGAUGAAGGCCUAUCACACGGUGCGCAUCGCCAUGGAGUUCCGCUCCUCUGAGCAGAACGGUCUCCUGCUCUACAAUGGCCAGGUCCGGGGAAAGGAUUUCAUCUCGCUGGCAGUGCUGAAUGGCUUUGUGGAGCUCAGGUUUAAUACUGGGUCUGGAACUGGAAUAAUUACCAGUAAAGUUCCAGUGGAGCCUGGUAAGUGGCACCAGCUUGUGGUAAACCGCAACCGGCGUAGCGGUAUGUUGUCAGUGGAUGGAGAAACUCAUGUGACUGGAGAGAGUCCAUCAGGUACAGACGGCCUGAACCUAGACACGGAUCUGUUCAUAGGAGGAGCUCCAGAGGACCAGAUGGCUGUGGUGGCAGAACGGACUUCUGUGUCCAGCGGCCUCAAAGGUUGCAUUCGCCUUCUGGAUGUGAACAAUCAAGUGUACAACUUACAGGAGGGAGGAGCAGAUGUAUUUUAUGGAAGUGGCGUUGGUGAAUGUGGGAACAAUCCAUGCCAGCCCAACCCUUGUCACAAUGGGGCCGUGUGCCAAGUAAAAGAAGCAGAAAUGUUCCACUGCCAGUGUCUAAAUGGCUACACAGGUCCUACCUGUGCGGAUGAGCGCAACCCAUGUGACCCCAACCCCUGUCAUGUCUCAGCAACUUGUCUGGUGCUACCCGAAGGUGGAGCCAAGUGCGAGUGCCCAAUGGGCAGAGAGGGAGAGUUCUGUGAGAAAGUUAGCGACCAGGAUCUGAAUUUGCCCUUUUUGCCUCAUUUUAAUGGCUACUCUUACCUGGAACUGAAAGGUCUCCAGACGUUUGUCACUGACAUCACGGAUAAACUUGCCGUGGAGGUAGUGUUCCUUACCAGCAGCCCCAACGGACUUCUCUUCUAUAAUGGGCAGAAAACUGAUGGAAAGGGGGACUUUGUGUCUUUGGCCUUACACGAUGGACAUCUGGAAUACAGAUAUGAUCUAGGGAAAGGAGCAGCUGUCAUUAAGAGCAAGGAGAAAAUUCCCCUGAACACCUGGGUUAGUGUCACUGUGGAACGCAGUGGGAGGAAAGGCCUGAUGCGUAUUAACAACAAGGAGCAGGUCACAGGAGAGUCACCGGCACCACACACUGCUCUCAACCUGAAGGAGUCUCUCUAUGUGGGUGGAUCACCAGACUUUAGCAAAUUGGCUCGAGCAGCAGCCAUUUCCACCAGCUUUGAAGGCUCUAUCCAGAAGAUUUCCAUCAAGGGGCUUCCUGUACUGAGGGAGGAGAACAUUGUCCAUGCCAUGGAAAUCUUUCCAUUCCGUGAUCACCCUUGUACCCAGAAACCAAACCCUUGCCACAAUGGAGGACUCUGUACACCCAAAAAAGAGAGCUUUGAGUGUAUCUGCCAGAGAGGCUUCUCAGGAGGCCAGUGUGAGAAAGUUACCAUUGAAAAGUCAGCGGGAGACUCUGAAGCUGUAUCCUUUGAUGGAAAGACUUAUUUGGAGUACCACAAUGCAGUAACCAAAAGUCCUGACCCUGUGGACAACCCAGAUGACCCCAGCGAGAAGGCCUUGCUGACCAACCAGUUUGAACUGAGUAUCAAGACUGAAGCCACUCAUGGUCUCAUUCUCUGGAGCGGGAAGGGCACAGAACGCUCCGAUUACAUAGCUCUUGCUGUGGUAGGAGGUUACGUACAGAUGACCUACGACCUGGGCUCUAAACCUGUUGUCCUGCGCUCUACAGUACCUGUAAACACCAACCAAUGGGUCCGCAUCAAAGCACUACGAAAUAACAGAGAUGGAAUCCUACAAGUUGGCAAUGAAGCUCCAGUCUUUAGCUCAUCUCCGCUGGGAGCCAAACAGCUGGAUACGGACGGGGCCCUCUGGCUUGGUGGAAUAGAGAAACUGAGCGUCUCAUACAAGCUGCCAAAGGCGUACAGCACCGGCUUCAUCGGAUGCAUGAAGGACGUUCUCGUUGACCAACAGGAGCUGCACCUGGUGGAGGAUGCAUUAAAUAGCCCCCCUAUAUUAUAUUGCUCAGCCAAAUAAUUUGAGACCAACUUAUCUUCCUCCUUUCUGGCCUAACCCCUUUCCUGCUCUCCCCACCCAUUCACUGCUGUAAUAAUUUUCUAUUUUUGUAAACUUAUUGCUUUUUAUAUUUUGUGUGUGGGGGGAGGAAGGAGAAGGCAGUGUCUAUAUUUGUGUGGACAUGAGUGUGUUUCAAUAAUGCAACCAGACCAAAAUCCCUAUGGGGUGGGCACAAUGUUACAUAACUGAGAAGUUAUGUUAUCUGCAGGUAAAACGUGAGAACAGUGCAACUCACAAGGGCCUUAUUCAAGUCAAAUCAGGGAUCACAGGGGGAGAUGAAGUGGACAUUUUAUAUUGACUCUUAAGAGAGGGUUGGUUGCACAGUCUCACCACUAACCCACCCUGGUGGCUGCGGUGUUCUUGCUGUGAGUGCAUGCGUUUCGAGCCCUUGUGAUGCGUGAUGUGUAGCGCUUGGGCUGUAUACUCUCCAUACUGAGAGAUAGCUGUGUUAUGAGUUGAAUAGAUGUCCCCGCUGCUGGCUGCUUUGCAUGCCUGAGACAUGAUCAUAAAGGAGAAAGGGGAGAUAAGAGGUUUCUGAUGUAAAAAUGUGGCCUUCUUGUUAUAAUGAUCACCUGUUGUGUGAGGUUUGAAUGGUUCCCUAACCCCCUGCCAGUCUACUCCCUGUACCUCUUCCAUAUCAUGAUGUCCUCUUAGGAGGUCUCCAUUAUAUAACCUUCCAAAUACUACAUUCCUUUUAUUUUUUGGAUCUGUGAGUUGGUUUCCAAGUUGUGUUUCUUACAGCAGAAUUGGGGGGGUGGGGAGGGGGGUGGGGAGGAGAGUAUUUUUAGUCCUCCAAAUCCACAUGUACAGUUACCGUGGAAGUUGGUUGUUUAUUUGGUCCACUGAAGUUGUGUAGAAAUUUCCUUGGCUUAACCAGUGUUACAGAGCUAAGGAAAAGGCGUAAUCCCUUCUAGGACAGGGUGCUUAUUAUAAUGCUGGAGAGGACAUGACUUUUUUUUUACUUUGACUUUUUUUUUCUUGUUCUGUAUGAAUUAUACAUGAUCUUUUAGCGCUGGAAACAUUUGUUUAACCCUUAUUUCUAACCAAUAUACAGCAAAUAGUCUAUUAGUCUUCUGGAACGUUAGCACCAGGUGCCAGUAUUUACAGUUUUAUUAAGGAAGGUUUUUUUGGAGUAGGUAUAGAUUUUAACUAGCUGUAUCCUAAAGGCAAUAAUAUAAUAUAUUUCAGUAGAGGAUAAAAAGUGGCUUCACCAACCAAGGCUCUAGGCUUGGCCAUACAAGGCUGAUGGCUGUGGUCUCUUGACUCUUCAACGUUGUACUAACUAUAAGGGAGAUACACAUUACACACCCUUUCAGUAGUAUGCGUACAUGUGACUUGCAUCACUGCACUAGAUUGUGUGCCCUUAUCAAGUGUAUGUUACCUGUGAUUUUGCAAUUGCAGGGAUGAGUAGUACAGAAAAAAAAAGCUGGAUGUCGGUUACAAUUCCUCCAUCAUAACAUAUUAUUUAUUUACCGUUUCUGUUUAUCUACUUGCUGAGAUCGCCAGACUGGUAUCUUUUGUCCACAAUUACAGACAAUGCACCUAAAAUUGUACCACUGCUGUAUGUGUGUUUCCAUCUUGUAGAGGAAGGCGACAAUCCUCUGAAAAAUGUUGAUUCAUGAAAGGUUCUGUAAUGAUAGGUCAAUUCCACGAUGGUACAUGUGAUAUCACGCAUCUAGUCUUGUGAUUCACACUCUGGGCCUUUCCAAUAAUGGCCAUCUUACAAGUGAUGUUAACAUUGAUUUCACAUGAUCAAGUAUGGAAAGAAGGGUUAAACAAAUGUAAAACUGUAUUUUAUUAAGUUUACAGAAGAAUUGUCCCCUGGCGGUCCCACAGGGUGGCUUACCGAUACCAUCGUUCUGGGCACAUGCCAGUGUAUAAACAUCUGGUGGUGGUUAUAGGUUUAAAGUCAAUCCACUUAUAGCAAAAGUUUCUCCGUAACUGUAAAACUGCUGCCAUUGUACGUGAAAGGAACUAUGGACGUAAUGCUGUAAAUAUACCUUUUUAACACUUUUUGUUUAGUUUUGCUGUGUAACAGAUGACGUUUAGGAUCUUAUUUUGUGUACCUGAUCGUUCUCCCUGAUUUGUCUGUAAAACUACCUUGUGAUCCACUCUGAGAAUAUAGAAAAUUCCUCUUGUAUGCACUAGACAUUAUUGAAGAACUGAAGCCACAUACCUCUUCAUCAGUAUGCAUUAUAUAUUUCUCCUGGGACAGCAUUUUUAUUUUCUUUUUAACUGUGAAACUAUUCUUUUAGAUGUACUGGUAGGGCUGGGACAGGCUGUCACAGCCUUCCAAACCGAGAGAAGAAUUCUUAAAUCCACAAUUUAUUCAGAUCUUUACUUCUAGAAUGUGGUAGGUGGCGAUUCCUGGCAAGUUACCAGGAAUAUUAGCAGAUGGAUAAGCUGAAGUCUACGGCUUAUUAUUUCUAAUCAAGUUCCUUAAAAAAACACUGUGUGACACUUUUUGUUGGUGCUAUUUUUGUACAUAAAACAAAGACCAAAAGUAUUUAAGGACAUGUCUUUGACUGGAGGUAUAAAAGGGCAUUAGAGUACUGGACCAUAUGUCAACAGCUGACGGCAAACGUGCAUACAAGUGGAAUUUAUUAUAGAUGGAGCUAGUUUCUUGUGUCCUGUAAGGACCGUUCACUUUAGCUUAGUAAGAGAGGGGUUGGAGGGUAAAGCAAUGUCUUACCAAGGGCUUACCCUAGUCAAGGUGUGCCAGAGAACAAUAGAAUCGGACGCCAUACUGGGGUAUGUCCCCACUUAGUACCCACAGAUUAUGCCAUGUGAUGAUACUCGUUAGACGUAGGUAUAGUCUUUCAGAUGAUCAUAUAAUAGAUUCUGCAGAGUGUUACAGAGCAUGGCAACCAGCAGUCCAUCAUUAACGUGUUCAAUCACUCUUUGCCAUAGCUUAUUUUGGUUAUUUUACAGUGAUCUUACUCUACAGGUUACAGUGCAAUUUCUUGCCAUUCAUUUACCAUAAAGAGUGAGAAGAGUACACAAAGUUACCAAAACAGGAUCAUACGGCCAUACAUUUCCUAUUGGCCUCAAUAGUAAAUUAAUGCAAAAAGUUUGACAGUAGAGUGUGGCCAAUUUGCUAAGACAGCAGUGGACAAUGAAUGUUUAUGUGAGUUAUACUCCCAAUGGAGAGCUUACUUUGGCCACGAGAGCUGUAGAAUAGAUCACACAAGUCCAUCCCGAUUACUUUGUUGUCUUUUAUCCUGCCAUCCAUACAAUUCUUUGCCAAAUUAUCUGGCACAAUUGAAGUCCUGUGCACUUACAAUUCCUUUUUUUCUGGUUUACUAGCAUUUAUAUCCAUAAUGUAUGAAAUAAUUGUGGGUUUGUUUUGGUUGCUUUUUUAGUUUUUUUUUUUAUUUAUAUCUGUCAAUACAUCACAAAUCUAGAGUAGUAAAGCGCUGUGAUCUGCUGUAGGAGUUCCGGAGGACUCUGCACAGUAUACAGAACAGCAUGUUAUAACCAUUACUAACUUUAUUACUUGUCUUUUGUCCAAUCACCACAAAAUAAAGUCUGAAAACUAUUUAAAAAAAA